AGCAAAUGCUCCGCAGAGAAGAUGUCUUUCUCACCUACGCUCAUCUUCGUGGUCAUCUUUUGUGUGCAGUCUCUAGCCGCAAUGCUGCAAAAUGGCUUCAUGGUCACUGUUCUGGGUAGGGAAUGGUUACAGAGCCAGGCACUCCCUGCAGGUGACAUGAUUGUGGCCUGCCUAGCUGCCUCCAGGUUCUGUCUGCAUGGACUAGCCAUCCUAAACAACUUCCUGAACUUCUUUCUGUUUUGGUACAAAAAUAACUAUUUGGGGGUCGUCUGGGACUUCGUCAACACUGUCACUUUCUGGUUCACCAGCUGGCUGGCCGUCUUCUACUGCGUAAAGAUCUCUUCCUUCUCCCACCCCAUCUUCUCCUGGAUGAAAUGGAGAAUUUCUCGGUCAGUGCCCAAGUUAUUGCUGGCAUCCUUGAUCUUUGGUGGUCUGUCAGCCAUCUCCUCGCUCACUGGGACUAUAAUUGCCUUCCAGAUGAUGGCCUGUGGAAACUGCACACUUACUUACAGAGGGAAGGUGUUCUAUGGGUAUUUUUAUCGUUAUCAUGCACUGCUAAUGUGGGUCACACCAUUCUUCCUGUUUCUGCUGUCCAUCAUCUUGCUUAUGCUCUCACUGUACUGGCAUUUGGAACAGAUGAGGCACCACAGACCCAGGCCUCAUGAUCACAGCACCCAGGCUCACACCACGGCUCUGAAGUCUCUUACCUUCUUCCUCAUCUUCUAUACAUCAUAUGUCCUGCUCCUGCUGAUAACCACUACAAAAGCCGUAACUAUCUAUGAUUCCUGGCACUGGGCCUGGGAAGUGAUAACUUACACAGGCAUCUCCCUGCAUUCCACCAUUCUGGUGCUAGGCAGCCCCAAGUCGAGAAGGGCCCUCAAGAAGUUCUCCUGCCUUUGUGUUGCCAGCUCAUAA